CGCUUUGAUCGAAGCCUCUCUCCUCCGAUUCUCCUCUCUCCAACAGCAAGCCAGACAGGUCUGCGUUGGAACGAGCUUCUCGCCCGCCCCAGUGGCUGGACCAACCUUCCCUCCUGAUGACUAGCAAAAGCAAGUCUGCUCUCUCCCCGCCUCGCCAGCUCCCUUCCUCCACUCCCACUUAGGUUAGAAACCUCGGAGUGUGUGUGUGUUGCGCUUCUUGGCAUAACCCGCUCCCCUUCCCCACCCCCUCUCCAAGUUGGAUUUUUCUUCCGCAUCACAUCCAGAUCGCUGCUGAAGCCUCAGCUCCUCAGAGCCGUGGGGGGAAAGGCAGCCUGCGAGAAAGAGAGGAAGGAGAGAGAGGGAGUUCUCUCUUUUAGGUCGGCUUUGUCUCGCUCGACUCCCUUCUCGGGGACGUCAUGCCUGGGCCACGGCGCUGCUGAAAAGCAAAGACCACCCAUCCCCAAAGACCUGCGUUCCAGGAAAGAAGACGUGUUCCCCAAGAGCUUCGCUGCUCCCACCUUGCGGCAUCCAGCAUGGACCCCCUCCUGCACAUCCAAGCGGAGGAUGUCUACUAUAUGAGGAAGCUGGUCAACGACUCGUCCCUCUGGAACCUCAGCUUGGGCGAGUGGUUCCACAAUGGGACAGCGGAUGGCUUCCUGCCCAUGGGCAUCAAGGUCACAAUUGUCAUCGUCUACUCCAUCGUCUGCAUCGUGGGGCUGGUGGGGAACUGCUCCGUCAUGUAUGUGAUCAUCAGGUUCACCAAGAUGAAGACGGCAACCAACAUCUACAUCUUUAACCUGGCCCUGGCUGAUACCUUGUGCCUGAUAACUUUACCUUUCCAAGGCACCGAUACCUUCCUAGGUUCUUGGCCGUUUGGAAACGCUCUCUGCAAGAUUGCCAUCUCCAUCGACUACUACAACAUGUUCACCAGUACCUUCACUCUGACGAUGAUGAGCGUGGACCGAUAUAUUGCCAUCUGCCACCCCAUCAAGGCCCUGGAUAUCCGCACACCCCACAAGGCGAAAGUCGUCAACGUCUGCAUUUGGGCUUUGGCCUCUGUCUUUGGUAUUCCUGUGAUGGUGAUGGGAUCGACCGAGAACGAAAAUGACGAGAUCGACUGCCUGAUCAGACUCCCCGAACCUGUGAAUUAUUGGGAUCCAAUAUUUGGGAUAUGCAUAUUCCUCUUCUCCUUUAUGAUCCCCGUCAUGGUGAUCACCAUUUGCUACAGCCUCAUGAUCAGGCGCCUGAAGAACGUCCGCGUUCUCUCCGGAUCAAAGGAGAAGGACAGGAACCUCCGCCGCAUCGCUCGGCUGGUCCUGGUGGUGGUGGCCGUUUUCAUCAUCUGCUGGACCCCUGUCCACAUCUUCGUCCUGGUCCGGUGCCUUGGGGCCAAGGCUGACAACGAGUUCAAGCUGGCCAUCUUGUACUUUUGCACCGCCCUGGGCUACACCAACAGCUGCCUGAACCCAGUGCUCUACGCUUUCUUGGACGAGAACUUUAAGACCUGCUUCAAGAAGUUCUGCUUCCCGUCUGCCUUCAGGAAGGAGUUGCAGAUGUCCAACCGCAUGUGCAGUAUUGCCAAGGAUGUGGCUUAUGCCUGCAAGAACUCAGAUGGGACUAACAACCCCGCAUGACUAGGCGUGGAAAUACCUAUGGUACCUGUCAGCCAGCAAAGCCCGACGACCCCCACGUCGGAGUUGACUCAGAUAACAGCUCUUUGAAGUACAAGUGUUUUGGCCCACAGGCAGCAAGGAGGAAGAACGUAUGAGUGCACCAAUUUCACCAUGAUAUAGAAAAGUGACCUCAGAUUGACACUCUUCUUUCUCUCUAAAGGCCGCAUUUGGUUAUGCCUCUUGGAUUCUGUAAGGCUACAGGUCCUGUAGACUUUGCUUGCUUGCACGCACACAGAGAGAGAGAGACAAUUUGCUUUGAAACGAAGGAGGCAAUGCCGAAACGUGGGCAAGGAACAUUUCACCACUAUGUACAGCUUGAGUGACUUCAACAGAUCAUCAGGCAGGGAAUCAAUUGAGAAAGCGUUGCCUGGAGAUUUCCUAUGUGCUCUAAAAAUCAAGCUUCAUUGGAGCUACAGGCCAGAAUGGCGUUGGGAGGGAACAAUUUCCCCAAAAUGAUCAUGAGAACACGAUGGUGCACCUUGCACCAUUCAUUUCUGCCUCGAGCAAGGGAGAUCCAGAAGGAUCUCUUCAUGCAGCCUUCAGUGGAUGGGUGCAUGGAUACAGGAUAAAGACCUACUUGGUGUUGGAGAAUGCAAUCUCUUUUGCGUUUGUUUGUUUUUAAUAUAUAUAUAAAGUGCACCCUCACUUCAUCUGCAAAAUCUCUCUAGUGAGCAACCUGAGAGGCUGCGAUGAUAAAUAUUAAUCACUUUGAUUAAUGUACCCAGGGAGGUUUUUUCGCAAUGCAGCAGCAGCAGCAGAAGCCACGGACGGGCAUGGCUAGAAUGAAAUCAAGGGACAUCAUUGAGAUGCAAAGCAUCCGUUCGAUCAGUGACGACUAAAGGGGUGAAAAAUGAAGAGAUGAGCUCACUCCCCUCCCCACAACCGCUCCAUGUACUCCCUGUACAAUAAACUGCAGCAGCUGCUGUACUUAUGCCUAGCGAGUACCUAAGGAGAAGCAUACAGCCGAGGGCUGCUUAAAUCUAAUUAUCCUUUCAUAUUGCAAUGUGGAUUCCAGGCAGGUUUCCUGAUGGAAACCCGAGAUGAAGCAUUUAGUCAAUUAAACCAAUUCAAGUGUCUUAAUGUGGAAAGAACAAAUGUUUCAGGUUCAUUAUGGGCGUGAAAACAGGGAAUCCAAAGUGCUGCGUUGUCGACUCUUAGGAACUCGUGGCGAUCGCUGUCUUGGUGGAUCACAGCCAAGGAACUGUUGGAUGGCUUGGAAAGCUGGAUCAAGGCUAUGAUGGCUGUAUUGCCAGUGGCAGAGGCAACAUGCCUCUAACAGUUGCUGGGAGAGUGUCAUUACACCUGUGGCCUGUUUGUGGACUUCCCAUAGGCAUCUAGUUGGCCACUGUGGGAAAAGAAUAUUGGAUCUGCUCCAUAAUGCUGCUCUCAUUUCCCCCCAAGUAGAUGGCUGGUGGUGGACUUGCCCAGUAAUUUAUUCCUAGUAUUUGGUAGUCAGAGACAUAAUGGGUGGUUGAUCAACCAGCUUUUACGCCGAGUAGAUCUAUUGAAAUUAAUGGACCUAAUUUAGUCAUGUUCAUUCAUUUCAACUGGAUUUACUCUGGGUAAUUGCUGAGGUUGAAUACCACCCUAGAGGUUCCCCCCCCAUCUCAACGGCUUCCUGCUAGAAAAAGGACCCAUUCUGCAAAAGGAACAGUGAGGGUAGGAGUUUGCUUUCCCCCUGAAAUGCUCAGGGAACAAUCUGACCGACAAAGAGCCACAAACGCUCUGCAGAUAUAUAUCGAUUUAGCAUUUGCAGAGGCUCCAAAGAACCUCAAGAUCAUCGUUUAGAACUAGAAAACAAAAGAGUUUCAUAUGACCCUCUUUAUUCCCUCGACUUUUGCUACAUGCAAAAUCUCAUGUGGAGUUUUGUUGGUUUUUUUUGCCUGGAGAAAAGCAGGUUUGGAAGGAGGAAGCUUUGAGCAGAGACGUGAGGAGGUGGGGUUGCACUUUGUGGAGGCCAGAAUGAGGGAGAGCUGUCAGAAAGCGAUAAACAGCUGCUGAGCAGGAAGAGCGAGGAGAGCCCACCACCCUCACCAGGUGAUGGCUUGCACAGGUGUGCUACACCUGUGCAGAUGUAGGCUGGUGCUGAUGACGUCCUCCAGGAACUCACCUUUACCUGCUAGUGUGAGAUGGCAGGCCCUGGGUAAUGUGAGAGUUGGGGAGGAUGUGAGAAUUGGGGAGAGGGAUAGGUACGGGUGUAGCUUUCGGGAACAAAUGGGUGUGGUUUCGGGAACAAAUUUUGCAUGUUUUUGCUUGAAAUUCGUCUUUCCUAGUAGCCCUAUCACACCAGCCUCCUCUGAGCCAACCCAUGGCCUGGCUGCCCCCAGCAGAUGCCCAUGCAUUCCUCCUCAGCAGCAAGGCCAUCUGAAGCAUAUCCUGCGCUGUGGUGCAGAGAUCCCUCCGGCGUGGCCUCCUGUUUCCCAGAAUUGCCCACCUUUUCUAGGGAGGACGGCGCUUCCGGCGACGCGCCCAGCUUUGCGGUGCUGGAGGAGGCGAGCGGCAGCUGGAGGGCAGCUCCUCCGGUGGGGAAGAGGCAGAGGCUGGCCGCGGCGGCUCCCAGCUCAGCUGGCCGCUUUGUGCCACGGUGGCCACGGCAGGCAGAGGCUCUGGGUGCGGCGCUGCUUCGGCGUGGCAUGGCGGAGGCAGGUGAGGACGGCGAGCUGAUGCUGGGAGGCGCCGCAUCCAGCCUCCGUCUCUUCCCUGGCGCCCUCCAGAACUUGGCGCCCUGGCGCCCUGCACCACUAGUCUCUAUGGGUAAGACGUCCCUGCUCAGCAGCCUCAUACAUUUACUGCCUUCUAUCCAAUCUCUGGACGCAGGUGGCGCUGUGGGUUAAACCACAGAGCCUAGGACUUGCCGAUCAGAAGGUCGGUGGUUCGAAUCCCCGUGACGGGGUGAGCUCCCGUUGUUCGGUCCCUGCUCCUGCCAACCUAGCAGUUCAAAAGCACGUCAAAGUGCAAGUAGAUAAAUAGGUACCACUCCGGUGGGAAGGUAAACGGUGUUUCCAUGUGCUGCUCUGGUUCGCCAGAAGUGGCUUAGUCAUGCUGGCCACAUGACCCGGAAGCUGUACGCUGGCUCCCUCGGCCAGUAAAGCGAGAUGAGCGCCGCAACCCCAGAGUCGGUCACGACUGGUCAGGGGUCUCUUUACCUAUCCAAUCUCCACUGUGCUUGAUCCUUCCCCCACCACCUAUUGUUCCACCCCAAAACACCCCCCACCUGUUAAUACCCCAGGGUGCUUCACAUUUCUUUUGCAAUGUGAAAUACACGUAGAACUCUGUGGGGAGGGGAAAUCAGCUCAGGGGGAGACUGAGGAGGAAAGCAGAAGGUAGGGAAAGGGUGAAGCUCUCCCCUCUUGCUUCUCUGCUCAGAGCCUCUCCUUGCUGCUUUGCUUUACCAAAACUGCCCAUCAAGGCACCAUUAAUGCAUGUACAGUGGUGCCCCGCAAGACGAAUGCCUCGCAAGACGAAAAACUCGCUAGACGAAAGAGUUUUCCGUUUUUUGAGUCGUUCCGCAAGACGAAUUUCCCUACGGGCUUGCUUCGCAAGACGGAAAUGUCUUGCGAGUUCUUGCGAGUUUGUUUCCUUUUUCUUAAAGCUGCUAAGCCGUUAAUAGCCGCUAAGCCACUAAUGGCCGCUAAGCCGCUAAUAGCCGUGCUUCGCAAGACGAAAAAACCGCAAGACGAAGAGACUCACGGAACAGAUUAAUUUCGUCUUGCGAGGCACCACUGUAAUGUGUUGGGAAAGAAAUGGAAUCUUUCCUUGCUGUGCCUGAGAAAAAUGAUUUCUAUUUUUAUUCUUGCAAAAGCAUAAAAAGGAGACUUUGGACAAGCACUAACCCCACCAGAACCCUGCAGAAGUUGAUCAGAACAGAAGGAAAUGUGUGACGCUUUCCCUCUUACCAUUGACUGUACAGACUCCUUGUGGAAAUACUUCUUUGUAACCGGUUUGAUGAGAUGAUGUAUUUUUUCAUGUGUUGGUCCGCUGGAUGUUGGAACGCUUCCUAUGUAUGCUCUAUAUGCUUCUGCGCUUCUAUGUUUUGUAGAUUCUGGCUGCCGUUCUAACCCCACUUACCCGGGAGUUAAGCCCUGCUGGAAUCCACAGAGCUUACUUCCGAGUAGACGCAGCUUAGGAUUGCACUGUUUGUCUCUCACAGUGGGGUUUCAGAAACUCGGUGAGUAACUACUUGACAUUCCUGCGAAAUAUGACUGGAGAAGCAGGAGGACGAAGAGAUUCCAGGAACUCAUUUUUGGGGAAUGGCUGGAAACAACCGUUUGGCAAACAGCCAGCAAGCUGCUCAUAUUUCUUGUCAAUGUUUUAAAGCAAAAGGCGGGCGUAGCAAGCAUGUUGCAAUGAAGAGCUAUUCCGGUUCUGAAUCUCCACCGGAGGGCAGACGCCGCAAACGAUAACCGUGCAUGCCGUAACCCCCAACCCCACCCCGACUAAGUUAGUUGAUAUUUCGGUCCUAUUGAAACCAAUUGGUCACCAUUUAUUUAUUUAUUUAUUUAUUUAGUUAGUUUCACAACAUUUUCACACCUCUUGCUUCUGUCAAACAGAAACAACAAAAACCCGAAAAACCCUGUAAGAAGUAUUACAAAGAGAAGAAAGCAAUGAAAUGAUCAGUAAAGACAGUUAAGAAAAAACAAGUAUUUGAAGCAUUAUUAUU